GACCUACGUGACGAAAAUAGCAGUGACGAAUCGUAGGAUUAAAAGCAACUUGCUGGGUGUAUUGGCCUACCAUAAACCAGACUGCAGCGCACCGGACAAGGAGUGCUACGUCUAUGCUCUUUAUGGUUGGAUUUUUGUCUUGAGAUCACUGAACUUGAGGCUGACAUAAUGGCAACAGGUUACACACGGUUUGAGAAUGAUGCCACGCCCCAUCCCAUUGCUGGGCUCCCAGCGGGGCAAGUUUAUGCUCCGCCCCCACCACCUAACUUCGGCGGACCUCUAGGUGGCACACCGACCAGUUACUCUCAGCCUCAGCAAUUUUACGCGAAUGUGGCGCCCUGUGUAGUAAAUGUUCGCAGCCCUGUCGACACCACAAAUCCUUACGCAGAGGUAGCUGGAACUGCACUGGGUUGUUGCCUUCCAGCCCCGUUUGGAACGCUUUUAAGCCUGACCAUGUCGUCUCAGACGAGCACACGUGAGCAUGGUGGAGGCAACGACGGUGCACGGCGUACCUCGAAAACUAUUCCGAUUGUUGUGUGUGUCUUAGUAACGGUCGUUAUCUCUGUGGUCAUUGUAGUAAUCUAUAUGAUGGGUAAUAAGUAA